AUGGGUGUGAACUCGUCGCCGACCCUGUGCUACUUCCCCAUGCGUGUUUACCUUGGAAAACAUCGCAAGAUAAGUAUUCCCAAUGAACCCCUGCUCGCCCAGAUAAAACCCAGGCAAUUAUGGUUAGUAGCAGAGCAUGUUUAUCAUGGAGGGAUAGGAGAUGAUGACAAGCGAAGUGAAAUGCUGCGCCAUUUUUAUUGCGAAGGUUACGAGUCACGUCGAAGGACCAUAGCUAGGUAA